ACAACAUGAUCACACGAAACACUCACCCAAAAUGACAUAUUCGUCGAUACGAUUUUGUAACCACAUUGUCUUGACAACUGUCCUAAUUGGGUUAGUGACAUUGACCCAUGUGGCAAACACCAAACCGGCUACAUUCUUGCAGGAUUUUCAUGUAACAUGGUCGGAUUCUCAUAUCAAGCAACUCGAUGGUGGAAGGGCCAUUCAACUUCUCCUUGACCAAAAUUCAGGUUGUGGUUUUGCUUCAAAAAGCAAAUAUCUGUUUGGACAUGUAAGCAUGAAGAUAAAACUUAUUCCAGGCGAUUCUGCAGGCACUGUAACCGCCUUUUAUAUGAAUUCAGAUACUAAUGAAAUUCGUGAUGAGCUGGAUUUUGAGUUCUUGGGGAACCGAACAGGGCAGCCAUACUCGGUUCAGACCAAUGUAUAUGCUCAUGGGAAAGGUGAUAGGGAACAAAGAAUAAACCUGUGGUUCGACCCUGCUGCUGACUUCCAUACUUACUCUAUACUGUGGAACCAUCAACAUGUGGUGUUUUAUGUGGAUGAAGUCCCUAUCAGAGUAUACAAAAAUAAUGAGGCUAAAGGAAUUCCAUUCCCAAAAAUGCAACCAAUGGGAGUGUACUCAACAUUGUGGGAAGCAGAUGAUUGGGCAACAAGGGGUGGGCUUGAAAAAAUAGAUUGGAAUAAAGCACCCUUUUAUGCAUACUACAAAGACUUUGACAUUGAAGGCUGCACCAUCCCCGGUCCAGCUACGUGUACCUCUAGCCCAUCCAAUUGGUGGGAGGGUACCACCUAUCAAUCCCUGGACUCUAUUGCUGCGCACCGUUAUAGAUGGGUCCGUGUGAACCACAUGGUUUAUGACUAUUGUACAGACAAACGCCGGAAUCCCAUUACACCACCAGAAUGUAUGGCCGGAAUUUAAAAUCCUUUUGCAUCAAAGGAAUUGAAAGCGUAAGGAAAGUAAAUUAUGCAUUGAAAAAAACUGGUGUGACUAUAAUUGCGGCAUCUUGAAGGACAAAAUUAAUGUAUGGGUCAUAAUUGUGAAAAGAAAAUGUGAUAUGGGUACUAUAUGCUUCUUUUAUGUGAAUAAAGGCUUUUACUUUUCCCCA